CUUUACGUAAAAUGACUUCUUGUUGUCCCUUUCUUGUGUACAUUCUGUUACGUGCAGAUGCGGAAUUAUCUUGAAAUAGUGUUUACGGCCAUAGUGUCUUGCAAGUAUUACUCUUUGCAAACUCUUGUUUAUAAUAAACAAUUCAAACGGGUUAAUAUAGAUAGUAUAUAUAAUAUUAUAUAUAACACAAUAUUGUAUAUAAUAAAAAACAUCUAAGCAAGUAAAAGAAAGAGAACACCUUAAACAUUAACAUAAACAUUGUGCAAUAAAAAUGCCGUGCUGGUAUUAUGAGAAGAAAGAACUACGAAAUACACCAUCCAUUCAAGAUGGAAUUGACUACGAAACAGAAUGCAGAUAUAGGAAAGAAGGGGCCAGAUUUAUUAUUGAUACAGGAACCAAAAUGGAUUUAGGAUACAAUACAAUGGCAACUGGAGUUGUUUAUUUUCAUAGAUUCUACAUGUUUCAUUCAUUUAAAAACUUCCCAAGAUAUGUAACUGCAUGCUGCUGUUUAUUAUUAGCAGGCAAAGUAGAAGAAACUCCAAAAAAAUGCAAAGAUAUAAUUAAGACUGCAAAGUCUUUAUUAACUGAACAAAAAUUGAUGACUUUUGGAGAGGAUCCAAAGGAAGAGGUCAUAACAUUAGAAAGAAUUUUACUACAAACUAUAAAGUUUGAUUUGCAAGUUGAACAUCCAUACAGCUACUUGCUAAAAUAUGCAAAAUGUCUUAAAGGUGAUAAAAAUAAAUUGCAGAAAAUGGUUCAAAUGGCUUGGACAUUUGUUAACGACAGUUUGUGUACAACAUUGUCAUUGCAAUGGGAACCAGAAAUUAUUGCUGUUGCUCUCAUGUAUUUGGCAGGGAAGCUUAGCAAAUUUGAAGUGGUAGAUUGGAAUGGAAGAUUACCCAAACAUUUACGUUGGUGGGACAUGUUUGUUGAGGAUGUUACUAUGGAUCUUCUAGAAGAUAUAUGUCAUCAAGUAUUAGAUUUGUAUUCACAAGCAAAUAACACAAAGCCGCCGGAUUCACCACCUUUAACACCAUCUAAUGAGCCUUGUAGAGAUAGAGCUAUAACAGCACCUUCCACAGAAUCAAUAUCUACUACACCAAAUGUUACACCAGGAAAGGCUACUAAAGUUGAAGCAGUUGCAGUCUCUGCAAAUGGAUGCUUAACUACAGAUACCACAGAUGCAAUAAAACCAAUGGAUGUGCCAACGCAUUUUCAAACAUAUCCAACCAAUUUUGCACAUAGUAAUAUCAAUUAUCCUCCAGCGUUUCCUCCAGCAAAUGUUUCUGUACCACCACCUUCUGUAAAUACAAUGAAUCACAUUGUCCCACCAAUGCAUCAUAUGGGUUCCUCUGGUGCCAUUAGACCUGCACCACCUACAUCUACUACAACGCCAACACCGUUUCAACCAUAUCCUUAUCCUACAAACGCGUCAUACUUCCCUCCAAAUAAUCCAGUACCCCCAGCACCUACACCGCGUACGUAUUAUCCACCACAACCUUAACACAUACAAAUUUAUAAGACCAAAUAUGCAAUGUUUGUUUGUAUGUAAACGCCAUUAUUGUAAUUGAAGUUAAUAUUAUCAAAGAGAUAAUAGUUAAAUCUUGUCUUGUAAUCUAAGUCUUGUAAAUAUUGUAAAUAUGUAAGGUUUAGAAUUAACAGUAAUAUUUAAUUAUAAAGUUUUUAUAUUAUUAAUGUUUACGUGUUUAAAUUGUUAAUUUAAACAAGAAACUAUAAAUACAAAACUUCUAAGGAAAAAUUAGUCAAUGUUUUACAUGUAAAGGUUGCCUUUAUUAAAAAAGUUUUUUCCAGAAAAUGUAACAGUAUGCAAUGGUGCAUAAUUUGCUAAUAAUUUUAAAAGCGGUUCUGCAGAUAAUGAGUCCAAUACCAUACUGUCUGUAUAUAAAACAUACAAAACUGAAGGUAGUUCCAUAAUUUGAGCAUAUGACAAUACUGAAACAUAUGUAUGUUUGUACCAUUUAUAAUGAACUUUCAUCUAAAGAUAUAGUUUGUAUUAUUUGAAUAUUAACCUCCUGCUGUUACUCCAUAUAUAAUAUUUGGCUGCUCUAAGUAUGGCUCUUUCGAUUUGCAAAUAUUCUCUCCACUUUUUGUAGUCAACAUCCGUAAGAAAGAAGGUACUGUUGGUAUAUCCUUCUUUUUGAAAUUUGAUAUAUGACAACAUGUUAUACAAAUUAUACUUUUUGCACUUGAUAUAAUAUCACCCAUCUAAUAAAUUUAAUAAAAUUAAUGCAAAUUACUAGAAUUAUAUACUUUAUAAUUUAAGUUAAAUUUUCUUACCUUUUCUACAAAUUUGCCUGACAAUUUCACAUCAAAAUGUGGAGAUACAAUACCUAAAUACAUAUCAUUAGUAACUUGAUAAGUUGUAUAUAUCUUUUUUUGUUUUUCAUCUUCCACGAAACAUACUUCUUCUGAGUUUGGGCACAAACACUCUUUUACAAAAUCUACAAUAUCAUUAAAACUAUUUAUAACACGACCAAAAUAUUACCGAUUAAUUAAAUUAAUAUAUAUUACCGAUUAACAUUUCACCUUCAAUUACAAUUAAAGUAUCAAUGCUGGAUGGUUUUGUUUUUAACCACUGAACAAAAAACUCGCUGAAAUAUAUUCCAAAAAGUAUUUGAGACACUUUUGAAACACUUAACUGAAGAGGUUAUGUUUAACUAAAAUAAAACUUACGGUUGAUUAACUGAACAUUCAGUAGCUUUAUUUUCAUCUUCAUCGUCCCAGAACGCACGUGAGACUGGAAAUAUUA